AUGGAUCGCACACAACAACGCGCCGCAACGCUUCCAAUAACGGCACAUACACACGUGUGCGCUGCCAUCAGAAGCAGAAGAAGCAAAGCUGUCAGAUCAGAUCAGAAGCUCACACUCACAAGAAGGAAGAUGGUUGAGAGAAUAAGCAUGGAGGAGGGUGAUGAUGGGAAAAAGGCCGCAACGGCCAACCAUGGGGACAAGGGAGGUCGCCUUGCGGCAGAGCUGUUGGGCGGCACCGUCGGUGGCAUCUUGCAGGUCCUUGUGGGUCACCCCCUCGACACUGUGAAGGUCCGCAUGCAAAGUAGCAGCUACUAUCGUGGCGUAUGGCACUGCAUGUCAGAGACGGCACAGAAAGAGGGCCUGCGAGGCUUCUACAAGGGCGUUGGUCCGCCCAUCGUCAUGUCCGGUGCGUUGAACGCCGCCCUCUUCGGCACCAACGGCUUUAUGAAGCGUGUGGUGGCGACCGCUUUCGACACCAGACCCGACGCGCUUUCCAUGCCGCAAGUGGUUCUUGCUGCCGUCAUGACUGCUCCCGUCUACUGCACCAUCCUUGCGCCCGUCGAAAUGAUCAAGUGCCGCCUCCAGGUGCAGCGGUUUGGAGCCAAGCGGCAGUACAGCGGUCCUUUUGAUGUUAUUCGUCAGACCAUCGCGCAUGAUGGCAUCAAGGGCAUCUUUGCAGGAUACAGAAUCACCGUCCUCACACUGCACUCGACACCAUGA